GCCCUGGCGACAAGAACCCAGCAACGAGAAUCAACAACAACAACUGAAUCCGCCAUAAAAAAUAAAAGAAGAUAAUUUACCGGUAGGAAAUACUCACGUGGAACCAGAGAGUGAUCUCCAGCUCUUGUAAUGGCCACCUCAGGCUACAUAGGUGAGAUUCAGCCAGCAGCUCAACCUCAAGGAGCUGGCGUUUCUGUCACACCAGGGCAACCUGAUGCCAGCUCCACCCCUGCAACUGCCCCUCAGUUUCUGGCUGAAAUUCAGACUACUGGGACUGCUCCAACUGUUGUCACACCCACAGGCCAAACUACUCCCACUGAACAAGCCACAUCCGUCACUAAUCAGAAACCUGCAGCUGGUAGUCAAGCCCAGUCCACAGCACAGGCCCAGCCAGCUCCGACUCAGUAUGUGACUGCAGAGAUCCAGGGCUCCCCCACACAGUCCGGAAAUGCUCAAAGCACCCCUCAGUAUAUUGUUGUUACAGUCACAGAGGGCUCCCUUCACUCAAGUGACAGUGUGUCUGACUCAAGCCCCCCUCCAGCUGUGGUGCAGACAGGAGUUCCCACACAGGUUGUUCAGCAAGUGCAGGCGGCUCAACAGAGAUCUGUGGUGCAGGCCACCUCUCAGAUAGCCAAGACUGAACCAGGCACCCAGCUCAGUGUUGCCAGUCUACAGCCUGUUCAUAUCAGCCAGGAGGUGCAGCAGCAGCUCACACCAGUGCCAGUUCAACAUGUGUAUACCAAUCAAGUGCAGUAUGUGGAAGGAGGAGACACCAACUACACCACCAGCACCAUCCGAUCUAGCGCCUUCCCUUACACUGAUACGCCCUUGUACACCCAGACCACAGCUACAGAGUAUUAUGAAGGCCAGACAACAUCAGACUCACAGGCCUCAACUCCUGGCACACCCCUGGCCGUCUCCGUGACUGCUGGCACAACAGGGGGUGUGUCUAUGUUUGUGGCCCAGCCCACCAGUGCAGCAGGGGGAGGGUCUACAGUUGUGACCACAGGUGGCUCAUCCAAUGGGGCAGAGGAUGGCGCAGGCACCAAUGGUGGCACAUCAGGCAGCUAUGUGAUCCAGGGGGGUUACAUGCUGGGCAGCAGCAGCGGAGGGGCAGCUGGCAACAGUCAGAACUACUCACACACCGCCCGCGCCUCCCCAGCCACUGUGAGUAUUACAGAGGGCGAGGAGAGUAGUGUGCCGUCGGCAGACAAGAAGGUACAGUGGUUGCUGGACAACUAUGAGACAGCUGAAGGAGUGAGUCUGCCACGUUCCACGCUCUACUGCCACUAUCUGCUGCACUGCCAGGAGCAGAAACUUGAGCCUGUUAAUGCUGCCUCUUUUGGGAAACUCAUUAGAUCUGUGUUCAUGGGGCUACGCACUCGACGCCUGGGCACACGGGGUAAUUCUAAAUAUCACUACUACGGGCUGAGGAUCAAGGCAGGUUCUUCUCUUCUUCGUUUGAUGGAAGAUCAGCAACAUCUGGCCAUGAGGCAGCAGCCGUUCUCACAGAAACAGAGGUUAAAACCUGUGCAUAAAGUGGAAGGGAUGACCAAUGGCACAGCAUCAGGAGCAGGCCAGGGUGAGUUCAGUGAACAUGCUAUUAUUACUCCCUCCAUUGUGCACUGUGUCCCAGAUGCAUCCAGAGCUCUCCCAGAGUUCCCAGAGAUUGAUCUCCAAGGGAAGUCUCUGCCAGAGGGCAUUGAGCUGGAGCACAUCAAGAGUUUUCAGCUGCUGUACAGAGAACACUGUGAGGCCAUACUGGAUGUGAUGGUCAACCUGCAGUUCACCCUGGUGGAGACCUUGUGGAAAACCUUCUGGAGGUUCAGCCAGAGUCAGGCUGGAGAUGCUACACUGGCUGUUCAUGAUGAAUCAGAGAAGCGCCUUCCUAAGUCCUGCCUGGUGUUGCUGUGCAAGUAUGAGCCUGUGCUGCGCUGGAGCCGUGACUGUGACAACAGCCUGUACCAGGGCCUGGUGGAGAUCCUCAUCCCUGAUGUCCUCAGACCCAUCCCCAGUGCCUUAACUCAAGCCAUCCGCAACUUUGCAAAAAGCCUGGAGAGCUGGCUGACCAAUGCUAUGAUGAACAUCCCUGAGGAAAUGGUCCGCAUCAAGGUAACAUCAGCCAAUGCAUUUGCCCAGACUCUGCGUCGCUACACCAGUCUGAACCACCUCGCCCAGGCGGCUCGCGCUGUCCUCCAGAACACGGCUCAGAUCAAUCAGAUGCUCUCAGACCUCAACCGUGUCGACUUUGCUAACGUUCAGGAGCAGGCUUCAUGGGUGUGCCGGUGUGAUGACCGUGUUGUCCAGCGGCUGGAGCAGGACUUCAAGCUGACACUCCAGCAGCAGAACUCCCUGGAGCAGUGGGCUGCGUGGCUGGAUGGUGUAGUCUCCCAGGUCCUAAAACCCUACCAGCAAAGCCUUGCCUUCCCUAAGGCUGCUAAGCUGUUCCUGCUCAAGUGGUCCUUUUACAGUUCCAUGGUGAUCAGGGACUUGACCUUGCGCAGUGCAGCCAGUUUUGGUUCCUUUCACCUGAUCCGCCUGCUGUACGAUGAGUACAUGUACUACCUGAUAGAGCACAGAGUGGCCCAGGCUAAAGGAGAGACUCCCAUUGCUGUCAUGGGAGAGUUUGCCAGUUUAGGCCGGGGUCUAAACCUGCUGGAUCCUGACAAAGAAGAGGAAGAAGAGGAGGAGGAGGAGAGUGAUGAUGAAGGCCAGGAGCUGUCCCUUCCCUCAGAUGGGGCCGUGCUUGGAGAGGAGUCUCUGGAGCCGCCUGCUAAGCUGGCCAGAACUGACCAGAGGGUGCUCUUCACCACUGGAUCAGCUGACAACUAACCACAGUCACAGCGCUAGACGUGGGUUGAAUACAUUGAUCAUUCACACACAGAUGUACAAAGAACACUAAUUUAUACACUUGACACAUGUAUAUAGAUCUUAUAACUGUGUGUGCGCACUCUUGCUGCAUACUGUAACUGUCCCACUUGUUUAUGCACACACGGACGCACACACACAAACAGUCAAAACACACACCUAUUCAGUAACAGCCGCUGCCUGGAUAGCACAACCACAGUCAUUGACAUUGCAAUAGGAUGUGGCUUCAAAAAUUGGACUCUCUCAAUGCAAAGAGAAACAGAGAGCAUUUUAACCUUCAGAUGUAUGGAUCUGUAAAAAUGAACGAAGGCAGGCAUGUUUCUUUUUUUCAUAUCGCAUCGCAACUUGUAGCCUCACUGAGAAACUCCUGCUCGUCUUAGAUGUCACUGCCGUAUCAAAGUGGUCUUGAAAAUACUGUGAUGUGUGUGUGCGUGUGUAUAAAGGUAACUUCUAAAGGAGAUGGGUGCAAAGUGAAUGUUUUAAAGUAAAUGGUUGCUGAAUUUAGUUGUUUCUAAUCCAUUCAGAAGAGAAGAGAUGUUUGUGAAAGGCAGCAGGCAGGUGGACGAUUCAGCGGGUGUGUUGUCUGUGUAUGUGUGUGUUUUCUGUUGGCAUGAAUGUGAACUGGAGUCACACCACUUUGCUGUUACUUCUGGAGAGUGACUGGUUUUCCAUAACGUGUGUGUGUGUGUGUGUGUGUGUGAUUUUGAGUCAUACCAAGUGUUGACUGUUCACUUCUGUAGAUAUUUUCCAAGGCAUUCAAAUGUUUUGAUUUGGGAGACAUGUAGAUUUCCUGUCUGAUUUUAUUCGCCUGUAAAGAAGACAUUCUCGUGUUCUUGGAGUGCCUGUCACAGCUGCUACACACACUUAUAAAGAGGCUACGGCUGUGGAAUAGGGGUCUCAUUAGUUGCUGCAAAAAAUCCUCUCUUUUGCUGAACAUCUGGUUCUAUGAGAGAGGUACUCUAUGUGUAACAUGUUUGAAGUGCUUCAUUCCUGUCCAUCCAGUAAGUUCCUUUGUAGCCUCAUUUUCCUUUGACAUAUCAUUUUGCCUAAUUUCAGUAUAUUUUUUCAUGUGUGUGUGCCAAACCUGUUUGCGUUGAUCCCAGAUUGUCAGUUUUAAAUUCUCUCAACAUUUUAAGGAGGACUGUGCCUGAGUAAGGAAGGUGAUAUACUUAUAUGCUACUGUAUAUUUAGCCACUAUUUUGAAUUUUGUUGUCACUAAGUGAACCUCUUGUGCAGUGUAUGGUGCGGUGUUGUCACACAUUGUAAGCAACCUUUGUGUGCAUUAUUGAUUUGUGAUUGUAUGUUCAGUUCUCAAUCCAAAAUCAUAGCUGAUGGCUUUUUCACAUGACAGACUAAGGCCCUGCCUCUUUGCACAUAUUGACUAUUGUCUUUAAAACUGGCAAAAUUCAUCAGAAAUGUUUCCAUUUUCUUUGAAGUCUUGGGUGUAUUGUUAGUGGUGGGGUGCAGGUGUCAGAUUUUGUGCAAAGAUCUCAUGCAGUUCAGAGAAUUUGGUGAGCAGUGAGAGAUGCGAUGGCUCUUCCUGCACAGUCCUCAACCGACGCUCAUCUCGCUUCACUGUAGUGUCAUCUCACUGCGUUGCCACUCUCCUGCCAGUAGCUUUGUUUUGCUUCAAACAUUCAUAUUCUUAAACAUUGUUUGUCAAGACUGGUUCUUAAAAACAUGUCAUUUUUGGAUUUUUAAAUAUAAUGUCUUUAAAUAGCUGCAGUGCAUGUCUUCAAUGGACACUGCCAGCUUCAAACCAGCACAUCGUCCUUUAUAUGGAGUCUUAACGCUACCACAGCUGAGUACAUAUCACAGUCUUUUAAUGAUCUACAGUAUAUAGAAUGACCAUUGUUUACCCAGUAAGAAAACUGUUCAGUCAUUUUUAUAGUGCAUUGUUUUUUAUGUACAAAACAAACUGAGAAACAAGAUGUUCAGUGGCAGUGUUUUAUGAAUUUGGUCUGCUAUAAGUAUGACUGUGCCUUUGGAGGUGGUAGAAUGCAAAU